UGUCAACAAUAAAGACCACUCGGUUCGUCUGUCCUGGACACUUUGAACACAAAAUGUUUCGGGACAAACAUCACGACCACCUCCACAGCUUUGCGAAACCAACAAUUUUUCCUGAUGGUCACCAGUUUCUGAAUGACAGUGAGAUGGCUUGGUGGGAUGUGGAAAAUGGAACACUUUGCUUUAGACCAACAGUGGAUCAAAGGAAGGAUGUUUUUGAAUUCAAAUCAAAAAACCUUGUGUCAAUUUUAAAACCAAGGUCUCCCAAGCCUCCAGUUGUGACUCGCACAGUUCCAGUUGUUGUAUCUCCAUCACUUCAAUUUAUUCCACCUGCAGACUAUGGAUUUCUUGAUUCUGAAAUUGAGUCACUCCCAGAACCAGGGUCCUCAAAAAGAAAGAGGCCUGUUGGAGCUGCAGAUGAAGAGGAGAUUCACCAGGCUGAGAAAUGCCCGAGAAGAGAAACUCUUUCAAAUAUUGAAGAACCCUCCUCUUGUCUUCCUCGCAGGUCUAUGGAAUGUUCUGGGGCUCGGGUACGCUCACCCAAGAGGGUGAGCAUACACCAAAUAGCUUCAAUGGCUGGAGUUACUCCUUUGUCAACUCCUUAUGAGUUCAAACUUGCCAGAAAGGCGCAAGAGAUUCGCCAGAUGGCACAUACUUUCCGCAGAAAGCUUGAAGUAUGUCGCCGGGAGAAGUCUUCCCUCAAGAAAUUGGCUUCGGCCAGGUUCGUCGAUAUGGUCGAUGAGCUGCAAAUUUCUCCUGCCACUCGUCAGAUAGUCAAGGCUGAGAUGAAGAAUUUUAAGAGGAAGAAAAAGGGAAGAACGUGGACAGCUGAUGAUAAACUGUUUGCCCUCGCAAUCUUUAAGAGGAGCUCCCGUGCCUACAGAUUUCUCAGAGAGUAUAUUAUGCUUCCUUCUGAGAACACUCUAAAAACUCUUUUGAUGAAGGUUCCUCUUGAACCAGGUAUUUCGGAAACCUUGAUAUCCUUGCUGUCUGCCAAAGUGAAUAGGAUGGAGCACUGGGAAAAAAAUGUAGUUGUCUCCUUUGACGAAACCUUCCUUAGAGGCAAUUUAUUUUUUAACGAGUCCCAAAAUAGUGUUGAAGGGUUUGAAAACUAUGGCCACAGAGGACGAACCAACAGAGUGGCAGAUCAUGCCUUAGUUUUCAUGGUACAAGGCAUCAAUUCAAAAUGGACGUUCCCCAUAGCUUACUUUUUAGUGAGCAAAACAUGCCCUUCAACCAUGCUAAAAUUGCUUUUGACUGAUGUGGUGAAGGCUCUGUUCUCAAUAGGUUUAAAUGUACUAGGUUCCAUAUCUGACCAAGGACCAACAAAUGUGGGAGCCAUCAACCAGCUAAAAGAAGAGAGUGGUGACUCAAUAUUUUAUACAAUUGAUGACCACAAAUUAGUGCAUCUUUGGGACAUGCCACACAUACUUAAAAAUGUGCGCAACAACUUGCUGUCAAGUAACUUAGAAUUUUCUGGUGGUGUUGCAAAGUGGAGGCACCUUGUUUAUUUUUUCAAAUUUGAUGAAUCCCUGUUUGAAACCUCAAACCUUACUUAUAAGCAUCUGAAUCCGCAAGGUCGGGAUAAGAUGAAAGUCUCCCUUGCAGCUCAAGCCUUAAGUGCAUCUGUGUCCAAAGCCAUCAAAACAUUUCAAGCCUUGAGGAAUUCACCUGAAUUAGAAGAGUGCCUGGCUUUUGCACUGCUAUGUGAUCAAGUUGACCUCUUUUUCGACCUUUGCAAUGGUCCAAGAGCUGGUGAGAAAGUAAAGGAAACAAGAACAAAUGUAACUCCAUCAUCACUUCAUCAUGAAAUGUGGGGUCAGAUCUCUGAUUCAUUAAAGAAGUGGACCUUCAUCAGGAAUUCGGAUGGGCAACGGCAUGUGCCUCCAUGCGUCCAUGGCUGGAUCCAGAAUAUACAAAGCUUUCAAGCAUUAUGGAAAAAGGUCGAAAAUUGUGGACUGAAUGUUUUAAAAUUACGACACUUCAACCAGGAUCCAGUUGAAAAUCUAUUUUGUUUGGUGCGCCAGUGUGCUGGUAGCGCUUCUGAUUUAACUACAAGAACCUUUACUGCUGCUCUCAAGACGACUUUGGUAACUCGAUUUUCUAGUCCAGUGCGUGACAAAAAUUGUCUGGAUGAUGAGUCAUUUUUUAUUAGUGAUUUAAGACAAUUAGUCCUCUCCCAAGAGCCAACAGGAAGCUCUCCUGUCACUGUCACUGAAGAGUGUUUGAUACGCGGUGACACUCCCCAAAAAAUUCAUCAUUAUCGUGCUAGUGACCCUCUGGAGCGGCAAGGGCCUACCAAAUUGUUGGCUGCAGUUAUGCCCACAAUCACUAGAGAAAUUAAAUGUGAUCAGUGCCUCUCCUUGAUAUGCACAGAAGAAAGACGACAGGACACAUUGUUGAUAACCAAUUCAUCUCUGGAGUUAUUCCCUUCAGUUAAUCUUGUCUCUCUAUUCAUGAAAGCACUCUCUUUGUUCAAUCAAAAGUGGAUGAGACUUCUGUACAAAAAAUGCAUCAAGAGUGAAGUUGUUGCAGUGUGCAAUCCAUCUGACUGGGCAAGGUUGUUUUGCCCUGCUCACAUUGAGUCAGACUACAAAAAUUCACUUUUAGAAGAAGUUGCUGUGUCACUCAUUAAAUCUAAAAUUAGAGAGGUUAAUCAAAAAUUUAAAGAAAAAGUAGUCAGGCGCUCCAGGCAGGUGAUGGCUAGUGACAUGAAAAAUUCUGAUGGUCUCAGAGUCUCUGAGGAAGUGAUGCAUCCUUCAGAUCUGCAGCUCCUCCUUGGACCAGGUUUUGUGAAAUCUUAUGAAUCAUUAUUAUGUGUCACUAGACUGCUAUUUGUCAUCUUGGUACCUCACUAUAUAACUAAAUAUGUCAUUUUCUGUUGUAGUUUUCAAAAAUGCAUUUUAUGAUUUAUUUUGUUUUAGGGUAGUCAUAUCACAU